AUGACGAACGCUUCAUCGCGACAGAAGGCCAACAACGGCAAGAACAGCGCCAAGAACGCCCCGGCCGCCGCCGCCGCCGCUCCUGCUAACGCGCAGGUGAAGCCAGUCAGCGCCAAGGCCACGGCUGCGGCGACGCAGGCACCCAAGGCCGCGGUCACCGUCGCUGCAGCCCCGACGCGCGAGGUGGCAUCGGCCGGCAAGAAGCCGAACGCCAACAAGAACGACAACGGCGCCAAGAACGCGACGCCGUUCGCGCUGACCGACAUCACUGCCAGCAGUGUGCAGCGCGCGCGCCAGAUCCGCAAGACGGACUUCGAGCGGUUCCAGAAGUUCCACAACUUCUUCGUCGCCAACGACGAGGCCGCGGCGCGCGCCAUCAACGCCAAGGCCAACGCCAAGCGCGAGCAGGUGGACCAGUGGGUGCGCGGCGCCGUGAACCCCAAGGCGCUCACGUGCAUCCAGGAGAUCCAGGAGACCCAGCAUCAAGAAGGACGCGGCGGCGCCCAAGACCAAGGCGCAGCAGGUGAAGGGUGCAGUCCCGGAGAAGACGGCCGCUCCGGUGAAGAAUGCUUCGCCCGUGAAGAACGCUGCUCCAGUGAAGAACGCCGCACCAGUGAAGAAUGUGUCCCCCGUGAAGAACGCGUCGCCUGUCAAGAAUGUGUCUCCCGCGGCCGGCCCGAUACCAGGCACUAUCGCACAGAGCCGAUCGGGUGCGAUCGUGAGCAGCGCUACACCCACUGCCGCCGUGCGCACCGGUCGCGCUGGCAACUCCCGCGGCCGUGCCAUGUAGAGAUGGGGGUGCUGGGCUGCGACUUACAAAAUGAGCUACCAUCGACGUCGUAUGUGCUCGUGUUGCCACUCUCCGCUUGAUUGCAGGGGGGGCGCACGUAGCAUUUAUUUGACCGUAAAGCUAAUAUAAAAACUAAU